AUCAAAAUAUGUCAUUCAAAGUUCACAAUUUUCUGAAGUGCUAAGGAACGAGGGCGCAAUUUUUAAUUAAAUGCAUUUUCAUUACUUAAUCAUUGUGAUUACUAGAUAAAGUUGUUCAUUUCGUAAUGAGAAUUAAUAGCCAUAUAGCACUAUAAUAAAUCAUUUUCAUAUAUUAGGUAUGACGUAGGUGUACGUCUAAAAAGGUCGCAAAAAUGUUUGCCAUUCGUAGUUUAAGAACCGGAAUAAGACAAAUAAGUCCGUUUAAAUUCCAAAUGCGUAAGGAAUCUAUGUUUCACAGAGGCGUGACAUUCUUUUUUAAGAAAAACCUAUUUUUAACGAACAGUAUAACAUCUGGAGUUUGUAUGGCACUUGGGGAUUUGGUACAACAAGAAUUUGAAUUCCAAACCAAAGUGUUACCUGAAAGAUAUGAUUGGGGCAGAGCAGGUCGUAUGUUCACAGUGGGGACAGCAAUGGGCCCUUUACACCACUAUUAUUAUGAGUAUUUAGACAAAGUGUUACCUAAAGCUAAUUUAAAAACAGUAUUUUUAAAAAUAGCAUGUGAUCAAGCAUUUGCAUCACCGUUAACACUAAUUUCUUUCUUCUAUGGAAUGGGAUUUCUAGAACAUAAAACGUUACAAGACAGUACAGCAGAGAUAAAAAAGAAGUUAAUGUAUGCUUAUACGGCUGAUUGCAUGUACUGGCCACCAGUCCAAUUUAUAAAUUUUUAUUUUUUACCAACACAUUACAGGGUUAUAUACAUAAAUGUAGCAACAAUGAUAUUUAAUAUUUUCUUAUCAUAUAUGAAACAUUAUGACCAAAGAAGUCAUUGAAAUUUAAUUUUAAUAGUUAAUUCUUAUGUUUUAUUUAUUUUGUAAAUUUUUUUUAAAGAUAGCUUUUGAGUAUUGUAUAAUUUAUAGCUAGAUUUAUAGAAUUGUGAGCUUGGGAUGUCCUAGAUCAAAAUAUUUAUAAAUAAUAGUAUUUAAUUUAAAGAGUUGUUGGAAUUGUAUCUCAAGUUUAGUAAAUAUGAAAAGUAGUACAAUGCUCAUGUGAUAAUAAAACAGUUACCAAUUUUAUUUAUUUCAAUAUUGUGUAAGACAUGCAUUAAUAUUUUAACAUUUUGCACAAACAUGCAUUGUUAAUAUUUCCGAUAUUUUGUGCUGGUAAAUGGCCAACCAAGUUUUACAAAUAUAUUAUACUUCUAAGUAUACAAAAAAUAAAUAA